AUGGAUACAAAUGGAGUGGACUACAUCAAAAGUAAAAUGCCGACGAUUGGACUUGGGACUUAUUUAAUGACGUCACCAGACGUGGAAGAAGCGGUUAAAGAAGCAUUGAAAUGUGGCUACAGGAUGAUUGACACAGCACAGGUUUACAGAAACGAGAAAUACAUUGGGGAAGCAUUAAAAGAAUGUGAACGGGAUCUUGGUAUAAAAAGGUUUGAGAAAGCAUUGGUUUUGGUAGCAAAAAAUUUCAGGGAAGAGAUAUUCUUGAUCUCGAAGUUACAUCCUCGAAGUAACGGAGCUGCCGCUUAUGAUUCCGUCAAAGAAUCCCUAAGGGCAUUGGACACUAAUUAUAUCGAUCUGUUCUUGAUUCAUUGGCCAGGGAAAACGAGAUUCAAAGCAUCAGACAAGAGGAAUCAACAAGCUCGUAUCGAUGCAUGGAGAGGAUUAGAAAAAGCAUAUGGUCAGUGUUUAUGACUAUAAUUAAACCGAUUGCUGCAGAGGAAGGACUGGUCAGAGCCAUCGGGGUGUCCAACUUUGAACUUGCCCAUCUGGAGCAUCUUUUCUCAUUCAGCUCUGUUCAUCCAGCUGUGAAUCAAUGCGAAUUUCAUCCCUUGUAUAGACCUAAUGAAGUGAUUGAAUGGUGCCGGAAUAACAAUGUCCACUUCCAGGCCUACUCUUCCCUAGGAACAUCUGAUUCAAAUAUUCUUCUGGACGACAACAAGUUCCAAAGGAUCGCUGCACAAUUGAAUUGUACCAUUCCGCAGUUGCUGCUCGCUUAUGCACUUAGUCAGGGGAUAUCAGUUCUUCCAAAAAGCACCAAUCCAUGCCAUAUACGGGAAAAUUUUGAUGCAAUUAAAAUUAAAUUAAAUCCGGAUCAAAUCAGAACUAUGGAGAUCGAACAAGAUCACAAACUUUGUUGGGAUCCCAGCAAAGUCUAUUAA